CGCCCUCGUGCCCUCGGCCAGCUUCCAUUGAGUCAGACAGCUGAGUCACUCGCUGAGUCCACUUAACUCUUGAGAAACAUAGAGCGAAUGUGAAGUGCGAAAAGAAUAUUUGUUUCCCCCUUUCCCGCGUGCUUUUUUGGCUUGUGGCGGCUGGCACCAUGCUGACGGUGACGCUGAGGACGCUCCAGCAGCAGACUUUUAAAAUUCACAUCGACGACGAGGAAACGGUGAAAGUGUUGAAGGAGAGAAUCGCGGAGGAGCGAGGUCAGGAUGCGUUUCCCGCCGCGGGACAAAAGCUCAUCUAUGCAGGUAAAAUCUUGAACGACGACACGGCGCUCAAAGAAUACAACAUCAGCGAGAAGAACUUUGUGGUGGUCAUGGUCACCAAGCCCAAAGCUACCCCCGCCCCUCAAACUCCACCAAAGUCCACCCCCCAAUCGGCGACGCCCUCGUCAACAUCAGACCCGCCGUCCUCAUCUUCAAGUUCCGCCUCCUCGUCCGUCCCUCCACAAGAAGCUGCUGCCGCAGUUACGCCCGCCGCCACGCAGUCAUCCGAAGUAGCGCCACCCGCCCCGGAGAACACCCCCACCACUUCUCCCGAGGACACGUCCCCCCCGUCGGGCACCGCCCGAGACCCCCCGGCCGGGCAAAGCGAGCCGGCAGACCCGGCCCGGAAAGAGCCCGCGGCGACGGAGGAAACGGCGAGUCCGACCGCCGUCAGGUCAUCGGCUUCCAGCCCGGCGGCGGACGAGCGGGGCCUUCUGGAGGAGGCGGCGUCCAUUUUGGUGACGGGCCAGGCCUACGAGAACCUGGUGUCGGAGAUCGCCGCCAUGGGCUACCAGCGCCAGGCCGUGGUGUCGGCGCUCCGAGCUAGCUACAACAACCCCGACCGCGCCGUCGAGUAUUUGCUAACGGGUCUCCCCACUGCCGAGUCCGGUGACACUGCGCCACUUGGGGACGCUCCAUCGGACGCGCCCGUCGUGCCGGCCCCCGUACCAGCUCCGCCUUCAGCGCCGGAGGAUGCCGCUGCCCGCCCGCCCGCUGAUGUCUCCCCAUCCUCACGGAACCCGCUGGAGUUCCUGAGGAACCAACCCCAGUUCCAGCAGAUGCGUCAGAUCAUCCAGCAGAACCCGGCGCUGCUGCCCGCCCUUCUGCAGCAGCUGGGGCGGGACAACCCACAACUGCUGCAGCAAAUCACGCAGCAUCAGGAACGCUUCGUCCAGAUGCUGAACGAGCCCCAAGGGGGUGGCAGCGGCGGCAGUGGCGGCGGCGGCGGAAGCGAUAGCACCGAACCGCGGGCGGCAUCCCGCUCCAACUACAUCCAGGUCACGCCGCAAGAGAAGGAAGCUAUCGAAAGGUUAAAAGCGCUGGGCUUCCCCGAGGGUUUGGUCAUUCAGGCGUACUUUGCCUGCGAGAAGAACGAAAACCUGGCCGCCAACUUCCUGCUGCAGCAAGCCUGGGAUGACGAGUAGUUUGUUCUGUUUGUUUUUUUGUCCUCCCGAGUCCCCUUGGACCCCAGCGUCUCGAAAACGCUGUCCCCUUCAGAGCCGUCCGCCAGGCUUCGAGCGGUGGAUUGAAGCCAAUCUUGAAUAAAUGUCACCUUUCAUGGUUUGCUUUCAA